UUUACCCCUGGUGUAUGAACAUGACUGUCUUUCUUAUAAAAAUAUUUCUUAGUUUCUCACUGAGUUUAUGGUUCUGUGAUGCUAAAUCAAUGGGAGCUAUGUAUGUAAUACAAGAAAGAGAAGCACCAUGUAUUAACAUCAGUGAUACCAACAGCAACCAUGAGCUUGAAAAACUUCUGGACAGAAUUAAAUAUGUUGCUCGAAGCUGUAAAGAAAUUCGUAACAAGUAUCAUGUUUAUGAUGAUGGUCUGUACUAUCUGAUCUCAUCAAGAGGAGUCCUUUACCAGACGUUCUGUGAUAUGACCACUGCUGGUGGCGGCUGGACACUGGUGGCCAGUGUUCAUGAAAACAACUUGUAUGGAAAGUGUACUGUUGGUGAUCGCUGGUCUAGUCAGCAGGGCAGCAACCCAAACCAGCCUGAAGGUGAUGGGACAUGGGCAAACACAGUUACAUUUGGAGCUGCAGAAGCUGCUACAAGUGAUGACUAUAAGAAUCCUGGAUACUUUGAUAUUGUGGCACAGGAUGUAUCUGUGUGGCAUGUUCCUAAUAAUGUUCAGUUGGAACACUGGACCACUGCCUCCAUCCUGAGAUAUCACACUGAAAAUCGAUUCUUAACCCUACAUGGAGGAAACCUUUUCAAUUUAUUCAUGAAAUUCCCUGUGAGGUUUGGAAUCGGGACAUGCAACAUUAAUAAUGGACCUGCUAUUCCAAUAAUGUAUGAUACUGGAGAUGCCACAUCAACCAGAAAUCUGUAUGGUCCUCAUUCAAGAGGAAUAUUUGAGCCCGGAUUCAUCACAUUCAGAGUCUUCAAUACUGAAAAGGCAGCUAUGGCUCUUUGUUCAGGAGUUAAACCAACCGGUUGUCACACUGAACAUUUCUGUAUUGGUGGAGGUGGACACUUUCCUGAGGGUGCCCCUAGACAGUGUGGGGACUUCACAAGCUUUGACUGGGAUGGCUAUGGUAUUAAUGCAGGAUGGAGCGCUUCCAGAGAAAUAACUGAAGCAGCUGUACUUCUCUUUUAUCGCUGAUACUGAUUACUGUAAACUCACCAGCGUCUUUUCAUUCUGUUAGAUAUAUACCACACUGAUUGAAGAUUACAAUGACACAAUGAUGCAUUUAUUUACAAUAUAUAUAUUAUUUUUUGCAUUGAUCUGUAGUCUAUGAAUAAGUGAAGUUUGUUCUGUGGGAAUUUUAGAUAAGCAUGUUCAGUUGUUUUUGUUGUUCUGCUGUUAAUAAGCAGCUUCUACUAUUAACUUCUAUUUUAUAACCAAAAGUGGAGAAAAAUAAAAAUAACAUUUUUAUAAAUUCA